AUCAUGGUGGGCACUGCCUAACUCCUAUGGGAAUAAGAGUGAAAGAGAGGUGGGAAUACAGGAGGAUAAAAACAAACCAUACACUUUUUUUUUUGCUCUCUUUCUCUCCUUUUGAGACUCCAAAUUGAAGUAUGUUGCUUUCUCUGUUUUUGCUGCAUCACAGAGAUUCUCCCCACCCUUUCAAGUCAAAUUAAAAAAGAAAUGGGAAAUGGGAGAAAAGAAAGGGCCACAGCUCACAGCAUAUAUUCCCUCACAACACAACCCCACUUAUGUUUCCAGAUAUGGAGUGACAACAUAGUACAUGCCAACAACUAUAAAGAGAAUUCAAUCACCUCCUAUGAUCAUCAUCAUCACCAUCCAUGGCUCUUCAUAACCAAGACAUGAACCUCGUCCUCUCCAGCGACGCCAAGCCCCGACUCAAAUGGACCCCUCAGCUCCACCGACGAUUCGUCGACGCUGUCAAACAGCUCGGAGGCCCUGAGAAGGCCACUCCCAAAUCCUUGAUGAGGGUCAUGGGCAUUCAAGGAUUGACUCUUUACCACCUCAAGAGCCAUUUACAGAAAUACAGAGUGGGACGAAGCCAGCCGUCGUCGUCGCAGAGCAUCGAGACGGAGAGUAGCAAGAUAGUGACUAGCAAGAAGAGCAAUGCGGAGAAGACAAAUGAAGUGCAGGUGGCGGAGGCUCUGAAAAUGCAGAUGGAGGUGCAGAAGAAGCUGCAUCAGCAGAUAGAGGUGCAGAAGCAUUUGCAGCUGAGAAUGGAAGCGCAAGGGAGAUAUCUCCAGUCGGUGCUGAAGAAGGCGGAGGAGACUCUCUCUGGAUACAGAGCUUGCUCCAUCGAGGCUGAGCGUGCUCGAGCUCAGCUCUCUCACCUUGCCUCCAUGGUCGACUCCGGAUGCACCACCUCUGUCAUGACCGACAGCGACGCCUCCAUGCUCGUCGUGGCCGCCGACAAGAUCUUCGCUGGUUGCUCCUUUGAGAGCUCUCUCACCUCCUCGGAGAACUCUCAUGAGAAGGGAAUCAAUGAUAAUCCGGUUUUGGAGAAACGGAAAAGGGAUGAUAUAGAUUUGAAUCUCAAUGAAUUCGACUCGGGGCCUAGACCUAGAGGGAUUGACUUGAACUCCGAUGGGACUUUUUAGUGUGUAUAUUCAUCAACAUAAUGUUCAUCUUAUUAUAAUAUAAUUACUUGUGCUAUUAUUAUAAGAUUUUUAUUGGAGGAUAUCCUUAUUUUUAAAGUA